GCGGCAUCUACCGAUACCAUGCGGCUUGUGGACUGCAGCAGCAGAGGUUGCCGUCUAGAGGUUUUGUUCGAAGACGAGUGGGGCUCUGUCUGCAGCAAAGGAAUGGACGCAGAAAGUGCUGACAGCAUUUGUUCUAUGUUUGGUUUCGAGGACCUUGCAGCUUUGAAUCCCAAGAAAGGCGGAGGCUCUGGAAUGGUAUGGCUUUCCAACGUUGACUGUGAGGGGACAGAAGGGGACGUUGGUGACUGCAAGCACAGUCAGUGGGGAGCUAAUGACUGUGCUCAUGGUGAUGAUGUCGGCAUUUGCUGCUAUGGAGCUGCUAGAGGCCUCAAGGGGACGAGGCGAGUAGCAGAGACUGACAGUUUCACAUCAAAGACCAAGGUAAGACUUGUCGACUGCUCUCGCUUCGCUUGUCGUUUGGAAGUUCUGCACGAGGGCGUCUGGGGUACAGUUUGUGACAAAGACUUUGGAAGUGAAUCAGCCAACGCCAUUUGCAAGUCUCUUGGUUUUGCUGAGGGCGGUGUGAGCAAGACCAAAUGUUCCUUGCAGACCAAAUAUGGAGGCUGCAAAGCAAACUCCGAGGAUACUUCUCCCAUAUGGUUGUCAGAUGUCCAGUGCAUCGGGUUCGAGCGAGACAUCAUCGGUUGUCAUCGCUCCGAAUGGGGAGAUACACAAUGCACUCAUGACGAUGACAUCGGCGUCUGCUGUAGGGGUACCGCUGGCACCAUUCCAAAGCCUCCCCCUCCAAAGGGAGGCGUACUUGAUUGGAAACCAGGCACCUCCAUCGAUGCUCGUAAAGGUGGGACCGCACUGGAAGAGCCGUGGGGGAAAGGAAAAGCUAGCUCAGAGGAUGGUUAUCAUUUCGCCAAUGGUGCAGGUCUUGCAGCAGACCCUGGCAGAAGCAUGAACCCCUUCCAGUACUCCAUCCUCCUUGAUGUGCGCUUCGACCAAGUUGACGGGUAA